UUGCCCUUUCUCUUUUUACUCAGUCAAAUGUAUAUUUAACCUUGGCUGAUUUCUUCAUCCUUCUAUGUUUGCAUUAAAGGAAUUUCCGUACUGUGAUUUUCUGGGAAAUUCCCUUUAGUUUUGUAGGGUUUGGAUGAAUGCUUCACAAUUAAGUCUUUUGUUCCAUUAGUGAGAUUAAGAUAUCAUUUCUGAUCUUUCAUUCUUGCCGAUAUUUCUUCAAAUUCCUUUUGGGGCAAAGUAGAAAUUAUUUCUCCGAAUUUGGUUUUUAUUAGAACCACAUUAGGCUUAACAGAGUAGGAGGUCUCUUGAUUCUUUGAAGUUCAUAGAAGAAAUUCAUUCCAAAAAAUUUCCAAGAUUAAUAAGAGAUCUGAUACCCUCUUCCCAUAAAAUUCUCUUUCACAAAUCACAACAAAUAGAAAAUGAUAUUGGAUUUGUGUGGACACAUAUAGUUCUUAAUCUGUGGAAUCAUCUGGGAAAGAUGAUCGAUGCUAUGUAAACUGCUGCAUUGGAGCUUCCAUGAUGCAAGAUUAUAAACUGCAGAUUGUAUGAUGAUGCUUGCGCUGUUUGAGGACUGCUGCUUAGAGAUUCUGCUGUUGGUACUUCUGAAGUAAAGGUUGAACCAUCAAUCAGAAACAAGUUGAUAUAUGCUCCAGUUGGUAACUGAACAAUCAUGAGAAUUAAGGAUCAUCAUUCCAGAAGUGUCCAGAAAAACGACGAAAGCCAUGAAUCUCCAGGCAGUCCGCGACAUCGGAAGGUAUCAGCGAGAUGGGUUCCUGAUGAAGCACGCCGGCCUCUUAUUGACGAAGCUCCAGUGUUCUAUCCAACGGAGGAGGAGUUCCAAGAUACUCUAGGUUAUAUAGCGAGCAUAAGGUCCAGAGCUGAAGCUUAUGGUAUUUGCAAAAUUGUACCUCCUCCAUCUUGGAUUCCCCCUUGUCCGCUAAAGGAUAAGAAAAUUUGGGAUCAUGCUAAAUUUUCUACCCGAAUUCAGCAAGUAGACCUCCUUCAGAACAGGGAGCCCAUGAGGAAAAAACUGCACCGGAAGAGAAAACGGAGGAGGCAAUUUAAUUCAAGACCGAGGAGACGUGCUCGUGCUGAAAGUUCGGAAUCUAACGCUGCUUGUGAUAGUGAAGAAAAGUUUGGUUUCCAGUCAGGCUCUGACUUUACACUUGAGGAAUUUCAAAGAUUUUCUCAGGAAUUUAAAGCAGCAUACUUUGAAGUGAAGGAAAAAACUCAAGAUAAGAGGUGCCUGCCUUCGGUUGAUGAUAUUGAAGGAGAGUAUUGGCGGAUCAUUGAGCAGCCUACAGAUGAAGUUGAGGUUUACUAUGGAGCUGAUCUGGAAACCGGAACUCUAGGGAGUGGAUUCCCUAAAGAAUCAUCAUCGUUGACGGACUCUAAGAUUGAUCAGUACGUGACAUCAGGCUGGAAUCUGAAUAACUUGCCGCGUCUCCCUGGUUCUGUUUUGUGUUUUGAAGAGUGCAACAUCUCUGGGGUAGUUGUACCAUGGCUUUAUAUAGGAAUGUGCUUCUCGUCAUUUUGUUGGCAUGUUGAAGACCACCAUCUCUACUCACUGAACUAUCUGCACUGGGGUGAUCCAAAAGUUUGGUAUGGAGUUCCAGGAAGUCAUGCUUCUGCAUUGGAGAAUGCAAUGAGGAAACACUUGCCAGAUCUGUUUGAAGAACAACCAGAUUUACUAAAUGAAUUGGUCACACAGUUGUCACCAUCAGUUGUAAAGUCAGAAGGUGUUCCAGUGUAUCGAGCGGUCCAGAACUCUGGGGAGUUUGUUCUUACCUUUCCAAGGGCUUAUCACUCUGGAUUCAACUGUGGCUUUAAUUGUGCCGAGGCAGUAAAUGUGGCCCCUGUUGACUGGCUACGACAUGGACAAAGUGCAAUUGAGCUCUAUAGUGCACAGCAUCACAAGACGUCAAUAUCACAUGAUAAGUUGCUCUUGGCCGCUGCUGGAAGGGCUGUUCAGGCACUUUGGGAUAUCACUGUUCUCAAGAAAGAAAAUUCAGAGAAUUUGAGAUGGAGAAGCGUCUGUGGGAAAGAUGGGAUUCUUACUCAAGCAAUUAAGACAAGGGUUUAUUUAGAGGAGAAAAGAAUAGAGUGCCUCCCAGAGGUCAUGCGCUUUCAAAAGAUGCAAAAAGAUUUUGAUCUGGAUACGGAGAGGGAAUGUUUUUCUUGCUUUUAUGACUUGCACCUGUUUGCUGCUUGUUGCAAUUGUUCCUCUGAUAAGUUUGCAUGUCUUAAUCAUGCAAAUCUCAUCUGUCGUUGUGACCCAGAAAACAGACUUGUCCUUCUGCGUUACACCAUUGACGAGUUGAAGACACUGGUGAAGGCAUUAGAAGAGUCCAUGGAUGCUGUAGAAGCAUGGGCUUUUAAAGAUCGUGAACAUCCGUUAGAUUCAAAGAAUGUUGGUGACCGUAUUCCUGGUGCUCACAAGAAGUUGUUUGGAUUCAAUCUUUUUCCUUCAACAGUUCAAUCGAACACCUCACUCAAGUCCGAACACAUGGAGCAUCCAGUAGAUGAGCUUCCAAAGGUCGAUUCAUAUUCUGAGCGGAUGACAAGCUUUUGUGUUGAACCAAUAAAUUUUGGGUCUGUUGUUUUUGGAAAACCAUGGUUCAACAAGGAUGCCAUAUACCCACAAGGUUAUAAAAGCCGUGUAAAGUUCUUUAACAUUUGCAAUCCACUGAUUAGGAGUAGCUACACUUCAGAAAUCAUUGAUGGUGGGCUUCUAGGUCCCUUGUUCAAGGUUAGUCUAGAAGAGCAUCCACAAGAGAGCUUUGUGCAUGUUUCAGCAGAAGAAUGCUGGGAAUUGGUGUUGCAGAGACUUAAUCAAGAAAUAACAAGACAAAAAUGUUUAGGGAAGCAAGGCCUGCCGCUGGUGCAGCCUACAAGCAGCAUCAACGGGCGUGAAAUGUUUGGACUUCUGUCUCCAUCCAUUGUUCAGGCAAUCGAGGCUCUCGAUCCAUAUCACAAAUGCACUGAAUACUGGGAAAACAAGCUUCUUAGGAAGAAGUCAUCAUCAAGUUCAGGUGAUACAUUUGUAGCAGCAGCUGAAAAGAAUUCUAGUGAAACAAAGUAUGAUGAAGGGGAGAUAGCAGAUAGUUUUGGAACUGACUUGGCUGUGCAGGAAGCGGAUAACUUAUUAGUAGGCAGAGGCAAUUCUUUAUCUGACGAUGAGAUACAGUCCGUAUUCAGACGACUGUUGAGUAAAGCUAAUUCCGAGGAGAUAGAAAUAAUGCAUAGAAUAUUAUGCAAAGGGUCAACAAGCCCUUUAUGGAGAGUAGCUGUUGAGAUGCUGACAGAGGAGAUCCGGAAAAAACAGAAAUGACAAUACCAUUUUUUCUGAACGUAGGUACUCAAAUUUUGGCAGUUCCCAUUUUGUCAUUCUUUGAAAUCUUGGCAUAAAGAGGGAGAAGUCUGGCUCUGCUUCGUGCAAAGGGGAUGGUGAAGUACAGAUUAUAGUUUGUAUAAAUUAGAGGACAGUUUUUUAACCCUAACAGUAGUCAUAUAUUCUACCAUAAAUGUCAUCUAAUCUAUUUCUCCCGUUGCAUUUUUUU